AUGUCUCGAAACGUGGUGAUUGUUACUUUAAUUGUGGUGAAGUUGGCGACUACUGCUCCUUCACCACUUCAAGUGGCAAUCGGUUGCGGUUCUGAUGAGAAAUCAAGAUCCUCGGAGAUUUUAAACGAUAACUCUAAUUCUGACAUCGAUUCGUUUUGCGACCUGAUCAACAACGUGGUACCCAAAGGCAUCAAGGAUGGCAAGUUCGUGCUUCCUGAAUCUCGUUCUGAUGAAGAUCUCAUAGGCAAUAGCAACGCCCCGAUUGGCGCAGCGCUUGCACCACCAAGCGGCUUCAUACCAAAAUUCUCAUCAAAACCCAAGAUAAGACUUAAAACGCCCAAAAUAAACACCCCGAAAUUAAUACCGCAUGCCAAUAUAAGAGCCCCAAAACUAAGUGCUCCGAUGUCAUUUCCAUCUCUAAGAAAAGUUCUACAUGAAGACUCAAGUGCUGAAAGAAUGGAGAGGUUCAAGAGCGGUGUUCAAAAAAUGCUACAUGUUGUCAAAGUGUUGGGCCAAAUUGACCAGUACCUGUCGGAAAGAACGAGAAUCGUCAUAGAUAAGCUAUCGAGGACUUUUAUGGACUGA